AUGCCUACAGUCGACUCGGCGAAAUGGCCCAAGUUUGGGAGCAGCGAGACAACGCAUGAGACAAAGCAUGGAACAAUACACACUGGUCUUGCCACUGACAUUGCCAAUGAUCUUGACGAUAACGAGACCAAUGCAGAAUCCGCACCAGAAGGAUCCUUUUUUACCGAUUCUGCCAAACCAUCUUCGCCCGUAGAAUCGACACACGCUACCGCUGCGUCAACCUCUCCGCAGCAUACGCCCACUCUCGCGUUUGCAACUUUCCUGACCGGCCAAGCUACCGACGACACAUACUUCAAUCUGACCCGUACACUCGCCUACCAAUUCCUGCAGGCACCCGAUACCCGCAUCCUGAACCCCGAUAUUACCUUCAUCGUCCUCUGCGGCCGAAAGCUGCCCGAAUCGAAGCGCGAGAUCCUACGCAAAGACGGCGCAACCGUCAUCGGAGUCGAAGAUGUCCCCGUACCGUCGUGGAUCCAAACAGUGGUACCCCGCUGGUCUGAGCAAUUCACCAAGCUACGUGUCUUCCAACAAACGCAAUACAAGCGUAUUCUAUACAUGGACGCCGAUUACCUGCUUAUGAAGCGGAUGGACGACAUCUUCAACGAGUCUAUUGUCCGACAACUCACACCCACACUGUUUGAUCGCAAAGACCAGAUCCCGGAAGACGAAGAGCCCUUGCCGGCUGAGUGGCUUUUCUCCGCGCGCUCCGAGAAUGGUAUGACGGGCUCGUUCGACCAUUUUGUGCCACCUUUACCCACAGUCACUGCCAACGCUGGCUUCUUCCUGAUUGCGCCGCAACAGUCACUGUUCGACUACUUCAUGCGCGUCAUGCAGCUCGAGGGGCGCUUCAGGACAACCUUUAUGGAACAAGACAUGCUCAACUACGUCUUUAGAAGAGAGGGACCGAUGCCCUGGCGCGAGCUGGACUGGAAGUGGAGUGCAAAUUUUGCGAACCAGAGAGACGUGGACAACGGAGUGCAUGCGCUGCAUGGCAAGUUCUGGGCAGAAGGCCCGCAAGCCGUACGUGACAGAUGGAGAAACAUCAUGGACCAGAUGGAGUGGUAG